CUGACUGGCAACUGGGUGAGUGACCAGGGCUCCAGGAUGGUCAUCUCGGACAGCAACAAUUCCGGGGUGUUCAGCGGCUCCUAUCUGACCGCCGUGGCUGCCACCGACAACACCAUCCGGGCUUCCCCUCUGCAGGGCAUCCAGCACCAGGCGGACCAGCAGGCCCAGCCCACCUUCGGCUUCACGGUCAACUGGAACUUCUCCGAGUCCACCACCGUCUUUGUGGGUCAGUGUUUCCUGGACGAGGAUGGAGAGGAGCAGCUGAAGACCACCUGGCUGCUGCGUGUGGAGGUGGGGUCCGUGGCAGAGGACUGGGGGGCAACCCGGGUUGGCAAGGACACUUUCUACCGCACCAAGUGAGAGGGUGAAGAGAGCCAGGUUCCCGUGGUUUCUGCCUGGGGACGGGGGUGAGCCUUCCUGCCUCACCCAUCAGCCACUCUUCUCCAAUAAAAUGUUUUCCCGAGCAGCAUCAGCCUCCCUGGUCUUUCAGAAGCUCCCCGGGUGCCAGUCUGCAGGCUUCCC